UUUAAGCAGUUGAAGAGUAGAGUAGAGGAGAGAUGGGUGAGCAGCAGGAGGAGGAGGAGGUGGAGAUGCUGGUGAAGAAGAUCACCGGCCUGGCCACGGCCAUCGCCAAGCUGCCGUCGCUGAGCCCGUCGCCGGAGGUGAACGCGCUCUUCACGGAGCUGGUGGUGACCUGCAUCCCGCCGAGCAGCGUCGACGUCGAGCAGCUCUCCCCGGAGGCGCAGGACAUGCGCGCCGGCCUCAUCCGCCUCUGCGCCGACGCCGAGGGCCAUCUGGAGGCGCACUACUCCGACCUCCUCGCCGCCCACGACAACCCGCUCGACCAUCUCGCCCUCUUCCCCUACUUCAACAACUACAUCCAGCUCAGCCAGCUCGAGUACGGCCUCCUCGCCCGCCACGUCCCCGGCCCGCCGCCCUCCCGCCUCGCCUUCCUCGGCUCCGGCCCGCUCCCGCUCACCUCCCUCGUCCUCGCCGCGCGCCACCUCCCCGCCGCCUCCUUCCACAACUACGACAUCUGCGCCGACGCCAACGACCGCGCCAGGCGCCUCGUCCGCGCCGACCACCGCCUCGCCGCGCGCAUGGCCUUCCACACGUCCGACGUCGCCGACGUCACGCGCGACCUUGCCACCUACGACGUCGUCUUCCUGGCGGCGCUGGUGGGCAUGGCCGCCGAGGACAAGGCCCGCGUGGUGGAGCACCUCGGGAGGCACAUGGCGCCCGGCGCCGCCCUGGUGGUGCGGAGCGCGCACGGCGCCCGCGGCUUCCUGUACCCCGUGGUGGACCCGGAGGAGAUCCGGCGCGGCGGCUUCGACGUGCUCGCCGUGCACCACCCGGAGGGCGAGGUGAUCAACUCCGUCAUCAUCGCGCGCAAGCCGGCCGUGGCGCCGGAGGGAGGAGACGCGCACGUGCACUCGCAUGGCGCGGUAAUGAGCCGCCCAUGCCAGUGCUGCGAGGUGGAGGCGAGGGCGCACCAGAAGAUGGAGGAGAUGGCCGCCAUGGAGAAGCUGCCCUCCUAGGCUCACCUUAUUACCAUCAAUUAAUUAAUUACCAUGCAUUAAGAACAAAUUAAUUAAUCAAGUCCUACCAUAAUUAUCUACCACUAGUAGUAAUUAAUAAUAUGUUUGGUAGUAAUUUCCAGCCAUACAUGCCAUAUAUUUCACUAUCUUUUUUUUCUUUUCUUUUAUUAUGAGGGAGAGAAAUUAAUAUACUCCAUAUGUCGCCAUCGAACUGCCGCCGCCAUAUAUAUAUAUAUGUGGUUACUGCCUUAAUCAAUCAUUGUCUCUGUUGCGUAUCAUGUCGAGUGUAAGUGGUUAAUAUUUUUCUGUAAUUGCAUUGCCUGCAUAAUCUGACGUACGCAGUGUCUCCAUCGAUCUCCAGCUUUAGCAAUGGAGAUUGAUCGACAAGCAAUUACAAUAAUGGAGUUAACUAUAAGAAGCGAUUAAUUAACUAUUCUGCAAGUGU